AUGUCUAUCGCCACAAGCCCACGAUCGCCCAAAGGAAAUGUGGAAAUCAAUUGCCUUUCGCCAGUCACAGACUCGCAAGCAGGAUCGCAUCGCAACUCGGUCCUCUCUGCACAUUCGGUAGUCUCAAACAAAGGAAAGAGGAAGACUCACAUCGGACCAUGGCAAUUGGGCAGAACCCUCGGCAGAGGGUCCACAGGUCGUGUGAGAUUAGCAAAACAUGCGCUGACAGGACAGACGGCCGCGAUCAAGAUUGUCUCCAAGAAGUCCGCGGCAAUAGCUCAAAGCGAAAGCAUUGCAGCGAUGGACAGAAAUAUUGGAGGUUCCAGUGGCACAGGGGCAAGGCCAAUGCCAUCUGGCAUUGAAAGAGAGGUAGUCAUUAUGAAGCUCAUUGAACAUCCAAAUGUAAUCAGUCUAUACGAUGUCUGGGAGAAUCGAGGCGAACUGUAUCUCGUACUGGAGUACGUCGAGGGCGGAGAAUUGUUUGACUAUGUGUCAAAUCAUGGCCCGCUUCCAGAGGAGGAAGCCGUUCGGAUAUUUCGACAGAUUAUUGCGGGCCUUGGACAUUGUCAUCGAUUCAAUAUCUGCCACCGAGACCUGAAACCGGAGAACAUUUUGCUGGAUGCAUGGCACAACGUUAAGCUCGCUGAUUUCGGCAUGGCUGCGCUCCAGCCAAUAGGCCACUGGUUGAACACUUCAUGUGGAAGUCCACAUUAUGCUGCGCCUGAAAUCAUAUACGGCCGGAGAUAUCGAGGAGAUAAGGCAGAUAUAUGGAGUUGUGGGAUCAUACUAUACGCACUGUUGACAGGAUACCUCCCAUUUGACGGGGGUGAUCUCCCUAAGACACUACAGUUGGUCAAAAAGGCCGAGUUCUUCAUCCCAAGGGAGAUCAGCUACGAAGCUGCCGAUCUGAUCCAGCGUAUUCUCCAGAAAAAGCCCGAGGACCGUAUCACCAUGGAUAAUAUUUUCAUGCAUCCUCUACUGCAGAAGUACGAAAAAUUUCACCAGGCAAGAUCCAACCACUAUCUAGGUCCAGCGCCACCAAUAUCCGUAGACGACUGCGGCCCACCCGUGAACAGCAGGCACGAUGUUGAUUUUGACCUCUUGAGGAACCUGCAAACGCUCUGGCAUGAUGUAAAGCCUGAGAUGCUAAUCCAGCGACUCCUAGAGCCUGAACCAACCCAGGAACGUAUGUUUUACAAUGCGUUGGUCAAAUUUAGAAAUGAACAGCUAGAGAACUACCAAGGACAAGCUCUUGAGUACUCUGCUAGCGACUACCACCACAUCUCGCGUGGGUCGGCCCGUAUAUCUAAUAAAAGAGCCCAAGGUUCUCGGAAGCGAAACCAGGUUGCAGCCAUCCGAGAGAGAAAAUUAAACAGUUCUACUAGAGAGCCAAAAUCCUGCGCAACGGUAGAGAGCUAUGACCCGUUUCGGUCCCCAAAGAAUCAGGCUCCAGAACCGGAGGUUGGAUUCGCUCAAAUCACCAUUCAUCGAACAGUCUCCAAGGGUGCACACGAACAACGACCUACAGAAGUGAUACAGGAGUCCAGUCCUAUGCCCAAUGCGAAGACUAUUUUAGAGGAUUGUCCUCCAAGCUCCCCUUUCGCACUCGUACGCAAUAAGCGGUUGAAGGUCAAUUCUAUGAAGUCCUUCCAGUCGAAGACAUCAUAUUCAGGCUCCCGUCGACCAUUGAACGGUACACCAACUCCACGCUCCGCCAGUUACAAGCGAAAUGUAUGUUUCCGUCAUACUCGGAACCGCUCACAAGGAUCUAUAUCCGCUAUAGCAACCAACGCUCAUGUGAAUACUCCAAUUGCGAAGAAAGAAGACAGAGAUAUUGGUUUUGAAUCAGACGAUGAUACUAGUCCUUUCUCCGACAGGUUUAGCAGCCCACUGCUACCAACUCAGCCCACAGUGGUUCGAGGAGCCGGCGUCACCAUCAAAAACUGCCUUCAUCCAAGGAAAGUGAGAGAAUCUGAUUUCAUUUGGAAAGAUGAAGCAAGAAAAGUUUCUCAUGAACUGAGUCAAAUCUGCGAAGAAGCUUUCAACGGUGGCUCUGUCUCAACGGGUUGCACCACGAGUACAUGCAUGGACUCAGAGACUCCAGCAACUUCAGUCUCAAUGAAUACUCCUGAGGAUUCAUAUCGUCAAUUUGCCCCCACAAAAUCGAAGAGAAAAUCAGGUUCAUCGACCCCAGGCGCUUCGCCAGGGUCGUACACUGCUGCAGAGUUGGCCGAAACUCGUCGCAAGUUGAUUGAACACUCUACGCAGGACGGGUCUGGGGAUGUUCCAGCAUACCUUACAGCUGUUAUUGGUCAUCUUGAUCGAUUAAUCCUGCAAGAUAAGCUGAGACACCCUGAUAAGGCGAACAAAACUGAUGAUUUCGACGUUUCGUCUCAGACCGACCCAUUCCAUAAAUCGCCUAACGAACCUACGUCUCUGCCAAUAAUAUCCGAAGAAUUGAAUAUACACACAGGCAAUGAAGCCACAGUGAAUGAACAGCAGGCUAAGAUGAUAGCUGCGCACCGAAGCUCUGAUCGUCCCUCAAGCAGCACUACUCACUCGGGUAAGAAGACUAUCCGAAUGGUGCCUCAGAGUUCCAUGCAGUCAAUCGAUAACGCCAAACCUUUGAACCUGCGGAAGAGAAAUCGCAACCGACCAGCCGAUUCUGGCGACACCGAGCGGUUACUCGAGGAAUUCAGUGAAGUCAAACCAGAUACCAGUCGGUAUACCUCUUUCGGUUCUCGUUCUUCUCGCAAUCCUUGCGAAUUGGCUCCCAUUGCAGAAAUCCCACCAAAAUCCCCAAGGCGCAGUGGUGCACAGGCUUCCGAAAGUAAGAAAUGGUCAUGGUUUCGCAAUAGGUCUCAGGCCUCCAGCGACACGGCAAAGCUGCCCGUUGAUGCUAAGCUACUGCAUCCAAGUUCCGACACGGUGAUUGUGCAUGAGCUUAACCAGCCCGCAGAGACUCCCACUGGCCAAGAGGAAGAAGAGUCUUCCAAGGUAGAAGAGCAGUCACACGUGAGGCAGAAAGGUGGAUUUUUAAGAAAGCUUAUGAGAAGAAAACCAAGCAAGGACCCCGACGCCACAUCACCAGUUGCAGCACCUGUACCAACACCAGCGGAAAGUACUGUUGAGAGUAGUCCCCCACUCAACAAGGCCAAAGAUGAAUUCUUUGAGCCCGACAAAUCCCAGAGACCUCUACCACGAAGACCACGGCGCGAGGGAAAAAGCCAUAACUGGUUCGCACGUGUGUUUCAGUUCAGGCCCGCCACCAGAGUAAUAGCCUUGAAUACAUCGAAGAUAAAAGGUCGCAAGGACGUAUACAAGAUCCUCCGCGAGUGGAAACAAUACGGGAUGGAGGAUGUAUACCUGGACAAAGCCAACAGCGUGAUUCAUGGCCGGGUUAGCGAAGUAAACUUUCUUCGUCUUCGACCUGUCAAGUUCUCUGCGGAGUUUUAUACCGUACUCGAACAUGGUCGGCAGGCCAAUCUCAGCCUUGUCCGAUUCAGACAGGAACAAGGAGCGGUUUCAUCCUUUAACAAGGUCGUUGACACUCUGUACAUGGUGAUGAAACAGCGUGGCAUACUUGUGGAAGAUUCUUCCCGUGCCAAAAAGAUGACUCGGGUUCUAGACGCAUUCCCAGAUUCCUAA